GCGAGAGGAAUUGGCAGCCGCUCCCGCCCCCUCCCCCCACAGUUCCCGGGCCGUGGGCGGGCUCGAGGACGCGUCGUCGGCUUUGGGAGACGGUGACAGAGCUCUCGCGCUCUCUCGAGUUCCACCGCUGGGCGGAAAGCUUUUGUCCGGGGCCGGCCAGGAACGUGGCCCUCCAGGAUUCCCGAUGGUGUCCAUGACUUUCAAGCGGAGCCGCGGCGACCGCUUCUACAGCACCCGGUGCUGCGGCUGUUGCCAUGUCCGCACCGGGACCAUCAUCCUGGGGACCUGGUACAUGGUGGUGAACCUGUUGAUGGCAAUCUUGCUGACUGUGGAAGUAACUCAUCCAAACUCCAUGCCCGCUGUCAACAUUCAGUAUGAAGUCAUUGGUAAUUACUACUCCUCUGAGAGAAUGGCUGAUAAUGCCUGUGUUUUAUUUGCUGUCUCUGUCCUAAUGUUUAUAAUCAGUUCAAUGAUGGUAUAUGGAGCAAUUUCGUAUCAAGUGGGCUGGCUGAUUCCAUUCUUUUGUUACCGGCUUUUUGACUUCGUUCUCAGUUGCCUGGUUGCUAUCAGUUCUUUCACUUACUUGCCGAGAAUCAAGGAAUAUCUGGAUCAGUUACCUGAUUUUCCCUAUAAAGAUGACCUCCUGGCAUUGGAUUCCAGCUGCCUCCUGUUCAUUGUGCUUGUGUUCUUUGUCUUGUUCAUCAUUUUUAAGGCGUACCUAAUCAACUGUGUUUGGAACUGCUAUAAGUACAUCAAUAACAGGAACAUGCCGGAGAUCGCCGUCUAUCCUGCCUUUGAAACACCCCCCCAGUAUGUUUUGCCUACCUAUGAAAUGGCCGUGAAGAUGCCUGAGAAGGAACCACCGCCUCCUUACAUCCCUGCCUGAAGAGAUUCUGCAUUUGUCAAUAAACUCUAUACCAGCUUUUGGUUUUGUUUCUUUUACAGGAUGCUGCGAUACAGGGCUUUUCAAACUUGUUUGAUAGAAACUACAUUAUACUUUGUUUAUGCAUUAACUUUCAAACACUAACAAGCUUUUUGAAUAUCUAUUAAAAGUUUUUGUUUUUUAAAUCUAUUACAUUUUAGUAGUUUUUGAAGACAAUCUAGGUUAAGCAAGAGCAAAGUGCCAUUGUUUGCCUUUAACUGGGGGGUGGGAAGGAGACGUUUCUCCACAUAAUUUCUUUUAUAACUUUGCACUUUCUUUUACAUAAGAGUUUGCAUUUAGUUAUUUGCUACCCUGAAUACUUUCAGGAAGAAUGGAUUAAAUAUUCAGGGUGAAUGAGUUGGGUAGAAGAUUGGAAAAUUUCAGCUAUGAAAACCAGAAAACAAUUCCAUUUUCAUUUGACUUUGGGAAAUGAUGACUGCAUGUUUCUAAUUUGUAUGUAUUUCCAUCUUUGUGAUAAGAUGCUUUAAUAAAUCUCUUAAAUAUU